AUGCCUAGUGAUGAAAAAUUACAACAAAAAUUUUCUGAUCAUAUGACACUAAAUCAAUCAUCAUUACCACGUAAAAUUAAUCUUCGUUCUGAGAUGACACCUGUUGAAGAUCAAUCUCAAAUUGGUAGUUGUGUCGCGAAUUCUUUCGCAGGAGCUUAUGAAUAUCUAUUGAAGAAAAGCAGUGGUCGUCAUAUUGAUGUUAGUCGAUUAUUUAUUUAUUAUAAUGCUCGUGCCAAAGAUGCAUAUCCACCUGGACAUAUCACUGAUUCAGGUUGUAGUAUAACAAGUGCUCUUGAAACGUUGAAAGAAUUAGGUACUUGUGAGGAAUCAUUGUGGCCUUAUGAUUUAAACAAAGUGCAUGCAAAGCCUAAUGAACUAGCAUACGACAAAGCAUCGGAGAAUCAAAUCAUGGAUGCAUUAAAGCUUAACGUAGAUCUACAUGAAAUGAAAUCAUGUCUUGCACAAGGCUAUCCGUUUGUAUUUGGCUUAGUAUUGUUCAAAUCAUUUGAUAAGGCAUCUAAGAAAGGUUAUGUACCGAUGCCACAAGGAUAUGAACGAAACCGAGAAUCACAUGGAAGACAUGCAAUGUUAGCUGUCGGUUACAAUGAUCAGUCAAACUCAUUUAUUGUUCGAAAUUCGUGGUCAGCAACAUGGGGCGAUGAAGGAUAUUGCUAUAUUCCGUAUGACUAUAUGACUAACGAGGACCUAUGUUUUGAGCCAUACACUGUUCGUCAAUUAGAAGCUGAUGACAUUGGUGAUCAUGAUAGGAAUUAUGAUGACGAUGAUGAUCGAAGCGACCAUGAAGAUAGUGAUGACGAUGACCAUGACGAUGAUGAUGCUGAAAUCUCAGGAGUAGAGGACAACGAUGACGAUAGUGAGCACCACGGAGAAAACAUUGGAGAUGAAACACAAGAACCACAGGGCAAUGUAGUAGUGCAACAACAAUUCGUAAUACAAGGAACAAUGCAAGGGAUGACGCAGGAACAAAUGCAAGAAAUGAUCCAAGGGAUGACACAGGAACAAAUGCAAGAAAUCAUGCAAGGGAUGACACAGGAACAGAUGCAAGGGAUGAUGCAAGGGAUGACACAGGAACAAAUGCAAGAAAGGAUGCAAGGACUAUAUGAUCCAAACGACUCGAGUUGCCAAAUCGCUUGAUUUGAGCAGAGCAAUGCUGGAUUCUAUACUUCUUUUUUUUUCUCCUUAGAAAAGGUCCGGGAAAUACGAACUAGUUUUUGACAUUUUCUUGUGUCGUUCUCAGGAUUCUUCCUUUUCUUUCUCACCGUUAAUUGUAGUUGCAUAUGAAAUUAUGAAGAAAAUAAGCAUAAAAAAAGCGAAAUAGAAGUGUUCUGUCAUUCUUCAGUUGCAAUCAGUUAAAAGACACAUGUUGUUUCUCUACAUAAAACUAGGGUGUGGGUGGGGUGUGGGGUGUGUGGGUGUGGGUGUGGGGUGUGGGUGUGGUGUGGGUGGGGUGUGUCGGUGUGGAUGGGUGUGGAUGGGGUGUGUGGGUGUGGGUGUGGUGUGGGUGGGGUGUGUGGGUGUGGGUGUGGUGUGGAUGGGUGUGGAUGUGGGAGUCUUGUCUUCAUCCACACCCACACCCACACCCCCCCCCCCCCCCCCCCCCCCCCCCCCC